AUGGAAUCACUACUUUUAAUUCAGAUUGUCCAAGGUGGAAAAACAACUCAUGUUAUAGAUGCAAUAGAUCCUUCGCAAAGCAACUGGCUACGUUUCGUCAACUGCGCACGGAACGAAGAAGAACAAAACCUCCUCGCCUUCCAAUACCACGGAGAUGUUUACUACCGAGUCUAUAAAGAAAUUGAAGCAGGUGCUGAAUUGUUGGUUUGGUACGGAGAAGAAUAUGGGGAACAGCUUGGCAUAUCGGUUCUUUCGAUUCAGUUGAACGAAAAUGAAGAAAUUGCCACACCGCAAGAGCAACUUGAUAUACCGUUUGUACCGAAUCAGCUAAACGAAAAUGAAGAUGUACAGCAACUUGCUACACCAGUUGGAGAGGAACUAAACCAAUCGCUAGAAAAAGGUAUGGAAAAUAUUAAGUACUACACUGUAAACGAGCGCAGGUGA